CAGCGACGCAGCCCAGUGACCGGCUAACGUCGGAGCGCCGCGGGAGAUCCUUGCCGCUGCUGUAACUGAGACUGGAUCAACGGCGCCCAUGUUGUCAGCAAGUUCGCGGUGCAGCCGGCAGCUGGCGGUAGUGCUGAGCAGAGGCCGCGCCACUACGGCUGCGGCAGUGAAGGGAACUAUGGCGGAACCGACGGAGGAGUGGCUGAGGGCGAAACCUUUUGAGGAAAUGCCAGGGCCCAAACCACUGCCUAUCAUAGGAAACACCUGGAGAUUCCUGAUGCCUUCAGGAGACUACAAGACGACGGACAUGGCCGAGAUGAUGUUCCAAAUGCACCAGCAGUACGGGGACAUCGCCAAGCUGGUGGGCCUCCCAGGGAGGCCACCGAUGGUCUUCUGCUUCAACGCCAACGACGUAGAGAAGGUGUACCGCAAUGAGGGCCCAAGGCCGGUGCGCGACACGGUGCAGUCCAUCAAAUACUACCGGGGAGUCACCAGGAAGGAUUGGUUUGGUGAUGUCCUGGGCGUCGCUAUCACUCAGGGGGAGCAGUGGUACGAAUUUAGGAAGAGAGUGAACCAGCCCAUGAUGCAACCGCGUUCCACCAAACUGUAUAUCCCGUCCAUCAACCAGGUCGCCCAGGACUUCACCGACAGAAUGCUCGCUAUCAGGGACGAGAAUAUGAAGAUGCCUGCAGACUUCGUGAAUGAACUGAACAAGUGGGCAUUAGAAUCCAUUUCCCUGGUGGCCCUGGACACGCGCCUCGGCUGCCUGGAUGGCAACCUGGCCCCAGAUUCAGAACCUCAGCGGAUGAUCGAGGCGGCGCACACCGCGUUCGACUGCAUGCACAAACUGGACGUGAGGCCCUCGCCCUGGAAGUACAUCAGCACGCCCGCCUGGAGACGCAUGGUCAAGGCGCAGGACUACUUCUAUCAGGUGGCGAUGCGACAUAUCAACGAGGCGAUGGACAGAAUAAAAAAGCGGGGAGCAGCAGACUUGUCAGCUGGAGAACUCAGCGUGCUGGAGAAGCUGCUGGUGUCCAACGACGACCCGCGCGUCGCCAUCGUGAUGGCGCUGGACAUGAUGUUCGCCGGCAUCGACACGACGGCGACCUCCGUUGCCACGGCGCUGUACUUCCUGAGCAAAGACCAAAGGGUCCAGGAGAAGCUGUACCAGGAGCUGAGGGCGCAGCUGCCGGACGCAGCCUCUCAGCCGUUCACUGCGGACGCGUUGGAGGCCUGCAAGUAUCUCAAGGCCUGCGUCAAGGAGUCCAUGAGACUACAUCCGGUGGCGGUGGGGGGCGGCCGAAAGGUCGUGGUGGACAACCUGGUGCUCAGCAACUACCGUAUUCCUCGAGGGGUGGAUAUGGUGCUGGCCAACAUAGUGCUCACCAACUCGAAUGAACACUUCUCACGAGCCUCCGAGUUCAUUCCUGAGCGAUGGCUCAAGGACGUACACUCUGCCCAGACAGCGCACCCCUUCGCCUUCAUGCCCUUCGGCUUCGGCCCCAGGAUGUGCAUCGGCCGCAGAUUCGCUGAGCUCGAGAUCUACACCUUGCUGGCCAGGGUUGUGCGCCGGUUUCAGCUGCACUUUGAUGGCGAGAUGCGAUGGAGGACUACGGUGCUGCAUGCACCAGUGACACCACUCACCCUCAAGGUCACCGUGAGGGAGCAGGAGGCGUGACACCACACCCCUAGCUACUGCUCUGACAUCACAAUGAAAAGCAGCUACUGUGCAGCUGGACCAGUAUUGGAAUCUUACACAACCCAGUAGUGAUUGGCAUUGGUGCUUUGCAACAGUAUUCAUUGUUUUCAAUUCCCAUUUUUUGCCAGUUUUUCAAAACUUGAUGUGAGUCCCAAAAUCAGGAAAUUAAGCACAUUCAUUUCAUUUUAUUGUAUAUUACAAUACUUUAACCUUAUUUUUUAGCCAGUAUGAUGGAGUGUUUUUUU